AUGGUCUACCCAGGCCAUCCCAGUCGUGGCUGUUUCGCGUGCCGGCGGAAGAAAGUCAAGUGUGAUGAGGCAAAACCGCAGUGCAAUCGGUGCACCCGGGUUGGGAAGAUCUGCCCGGGAUACAGAGCGGACAGCGAACUAUCGUUUCGGUUCGUCAAGGUGCUUAGAUCAGAUGACUCCUCCUCCAAUGCAAGCUCUCGAUCAAGUCCUGAUCGCCAAUUCAAAAACAAUGGAGGAGCUUUAGCCAUACCAGGCGCUGAUUUUGGCUUCCAGGACGACUCAUUCUCCAACGGCUCACAGAGGGCAUGGGAGACCUCCAACGGGGACUUCGAUUUCCAAACUCCGAUCAUCCAACCGUUACUGCUCCCCUGGGCGCACCUGGCGCUGCCUCUCUUCAUCAAUUUAUACUCGACCUCUUCCGUACAGGAUCCCAAGCAAGGCUUGCUCACAUUCUUGCCCAGCUUGUAUGCGAACUCGAAUCCAGGUUCCCCCCUCCACCUGGCCGUCAGUGCAGCAACCGAUGCAAACGCGGUGCGGAAAUUGACGGAUCUUGAAGCGAUACAUCAAGCUCGUCGAACACAUGUCAAGGCAUUGGUCGCCGUGCAGAAAGCCAUUGAGGACCCUCAAGAGGUCACCAAGGAUACCACAUUGUGCUCGCUGUUUAUUCUGACACUCUUUGAGUAUAUCAGCGGCGAUACAAUGGAAGCCCAUGGGUCGCAUAUUGCCGGGUAUGAGGCACUGCUAGAUCUUCGAUCCCGCAGUACAAAUCAUGAGUCACAGGAAUACGCGUUGGAUCUUUCAGUGGCAACACAGAUCGUUGUCAAGCACCUCCGAAGUCGAACCGCACCCAAGCCGCGAACGAUCCAGAUCCUAGAAGGUCUCGACAAAUCCGACCCCAGCACGGUCGCCAUACAGAUAAACCUUAUGGUAGCACAGUACAAUAACCAGAUCGACACUCUAGUGGAGGCCGCCGUGCAAGCUGAGCAAGCCCACCCUGGUGCCGGAACAGCGACACCCGCGAUGAAGCUUCUGUACAGCUCCAUCCUCCAUGGUGAGCAGCUCGACUCGCAAGCACACACCUGGCCGGAUACCCUGGCGGAGCCAGGCUACGCCUACCAACCAGCAAUGCAACCACUCUCCGGCUGGCCCGGCCCAUUCGACGUCUACACGGCACUCGGCGUCGCCAACGACUGGAACAUGGUGCGAUGCGCGCGGAUCAUGCUGCUGAUGUCAAUCGUCAAAUGUUGCCGGUUCCUGCGCGAAGCAAGCUACGGUUCUGUUGAAACAGAAGAAGCGUUCGAAAGAUCCAAAUCCAAAAUCGCCACGCUUCUCGAUGACAUCGUCGCAAGCUUGCCCUACUGUUUGGGACGAGGUGAUGCGAAGUGGAACCUACCGGUGUCCGGAAUCGGGACAAGCGGGUUCGCGCUGCUGUGGCCGACAGGGAUAUUAUUAAGGUGCCCUUUUGCGAGGCCGGAACAGAAGGCGAAGGCACUGGAGAUGAUCGAGUAUAUCGGGGUUUCGUUGGGGUUGCAGCGGGCGUUGUUUUUGAAGGAGAAUUGGGAACGGGGCGUGUUUAGAUAA